AACAGCAGCUCUGCUUUCUGUCUGCGCUGAAAGCAGAGCUGGGACUCUCUUCAGGAACUCUGAGCUCCUCCACCAUCUCAGUCCGGGGAGGCGUUUCUUUCGUCUCGGACCCCCAACAGUCUCCCUGCUCUUCUCCCUCCAUCAGUUGGCGGAGGGCAGGCGGUGUGAGCGCAUCCUCCCCCAUCAGGAGCCGGACUGCCCCUCCACACUGAGGCAGAAGGAGUACACACUGCAGCGCAGCGCAGCGCACCGGAGCGGAGCUGGAGGAGGAGGAGGAGGAAAGCAGAGGAGAGCAGCGAUCAGGAGGAGAAAAAGGAGGAAGAAUAAGAAGGACGGACUGUCUUCCCCUCCGACAGGCUGGAUUAUACUCUGCAGCAUCCCAUCGCUUCAUCAUGCCUAUGGGGAGUGAGAGAGCCGCGGGGAUUAGCGCGCUGAUCGGCGCGCUGCUGCUCGGCUCCUGUGGGACAGGUGCGCAAGAGGUGUGUGACGGCCCACUGCUGACCAAUUUGCCGCCAUCAUCGUUCAGAAGCUCCUCCCAGCUAACCAGCAGCCAUGGGCCGGUCUUUGCUAAAGUCAACAGGAGAGAAGGAGCUGGAGGAUGGUCUCCUCUCGUCUCAGACAGAUACCAGUGGUUGGAGGUGGAUCUGGGAAGGCGGACCAAGAUCACAGCUGUCGCCACGCAGGGACGCUACGGCAGCUCUGAUUGGCUGACGGCUUACCUGUUAAUGUUCAGCGACACGGGACACAACUGGAGACAACACCGGCAGGAGGACAGCUUAGGGGCUUUUCCAGGUAACAGUAAUGCAGACUCUGUGGUCCAGUACAAACUGGAACAGCCGGUGAUAGCUCGUUAUCUGCGUCUGAUUCCUCUGGACUGGAACCCCACUGGGAGGAUUGGACUCAGACUGGAGAUCUAUGGAUGCAGAUACACUUCGGACGUGGCCAACUUCGAUGGCAGCAGCAGCCUGGUCUACAGGCUGAGUGUUAGGCCGAGCUGGACGGAUAUGGAGGUCAUCUCUCUGAAGUUUAAAACCCUGAGGAAUUCUGGGACUUUGCUGCAUGCAGAGGGACAGAGAGAUCACAGCCUCACCCUGGUGCUGGAGAAGGGACGGCUGCUGCUCUACCACCAACAAGGUGUGAGUUCAUCCUCCAGCGGUCAGCUCCUGGUUUCCGUGGGAAGUCUGCUGGACGACCAGCACUGGCACCACGUGAAGCUGGAGCGGCUCAAUGCUCAUCUCAACAUCACCGUGGAUAAAAACACUCAGCAGGUUCACAUCCCAGCCGAGCUCAGCAGCUGGGACGUCCACCAGUUAAGUCUCGGAGCUGUGCAGGGCCACGGACUGCAGAAACCCAUCCUGUCCAACAGGAACUUCUACGGCUGCCUAGAAAACCUCCUUUACAACGACCUCAGUCUGAUAGAGCUGGCUAAGAAGAAUAACCACCAGGUCUCCAUGAUGGGCAAUGUGACCUUUUCUUGUGCUGAGCCAGUUUCCGUCGCUGUGACGUUCACCGACUCCCUCAGCUUCCUCCAGUUGCCAGGGCUGAGGUCGUGGUCUUCAGGGGUCGUCUCUCUGGCGCUGCAGUUUAGGACUUGGAACAAGGCGGGCCUUCUGUUGACCUUUGACCUCCCGCAGCAGGACGGCACUGUGUGGCUGUACCUGAGUGAGGCCAGACUCCGCCUGCAGAUCAGUCGAGCCGGCAGGGUGCAGCUGGAGCUCAGCGCAGGCUCCGGUCUGAACGACGGUCAGUGGCAUUCAGUGGAGAUGAACUCCAGACAGGAUCAGCUGAGCAUCACGGUGGACAAAGAUGAAGGAGCCACCGCCCACACCAGCAUCCCACUUCCUCUGACCGCAGAAAGUCAUCUCUUCUUUGGUGGUUGUCCUGCUGAAGAAAGCACUCAGGAGUGUGUGAACCCCUUCGGAGUGUUCCAGGGUUGUAUGCGCCUCUUGGCUCUGGAUCACCAACCUGUUGACCUGAUCAAGGUGCAGCAAAGGCUGCUGGGAAACUACAGCCACUUGCAGAUUGAUAUGUGUGGCAUCAUCGACAGGUGCUCCCCCAGUCACUGUGAACAUGGAGGGAGAUGCACUCAGUCAUGGAGCACCUUCCACUGUAACUGCUCCAACAGCGGCUACAGAGGAGCCACCUGCCACAGCUCAACUUAUGAACAGUCAUGUGAGGCGUACAAACACAAAGGCAACACAUCAGGACCCUAUUACAUCGACGUGGACGGCAGCGGACCAAUCAAACCCCAGCUCAUAUACUGUAACAUGACAGAGGACACAGCAUGGAUGGUGAUCCAGCACAACAACACAGAAGUGACCAGAGUGCAUUUGUCCCCUGAGAGAAUCCAUCAUUCAGCACACUUUGACUACGCUGCUGAAGAAGAGCAGUUAGCAGCCGUCAUUAGCCAAUCAGUGCACUGCGAGCAGGAACUGUCCUACCACUGCAGGAAGUCCCGCCUCCUCAACACACCAGAGGGUGCCCCAUUCAGCUGGUGGGUGGGAGGUCCAGAUCCAGGUCAGGUCCAGACCUAUUGGGGCGGGGCUCUGCCAGACAGCCGGCAGUGUGCCUGUGGUCUGCAGGACAACUGUCUGGAUCCAAAUCACUACUGCAACUGUGACGCUGACCACGACCAAUGGACUAAUGAUUCAGGCCUUCUCACCCAUAAGGAGACCCUCCCGGUCAGGUCUCUGGUGCUGGGCGACAUUCAGCGCUCGGGGUCUGAGGCCGCCUACAGGGUGGGACCUAUGCUUUGUCAUGGAGAUAAGAACUUCUGGAAUGCAGCGUUUUUUGACAAAGAGACGUCCUACCUUCACUUCCCCACCUUCCACGGAGAGCUGAAUGCAGACAUCUCCUUUCUGUUUAAAACGACGUCUUCUUCUGGGGUGUUCCUGGAAAAUCUGGGCAUCAAGGACUUCAUCCGGAUCGAACUGAGCUCCUCCUCAGAGGUCGUCUUCUCAUUCGAUGUCGGGAACGGACCGCUCGGGGUGCGACUGGAGACGAGCGUCCCUCUGAACGACAACCGAUGGCACAGCGUACGAGCGGAGAGAAACGUGAAGGAGGCGUCUCUACGUGUCGAUGAGUUCCCCGCUGCCAUACAGGAGGCGCCCGCUGAUGGACACAUUCAUCUGCAGCUCAACAGCCAGUUAUUCAUAGGGGGCACCGCUUCCAGACAGAAAGGCUUCCUGGGAUGUAUCCGGUCGCUGCAGCUAAACGGCGUCACUCUGGACCUAGAGGAGAGGGCAAAGAUCACCCCAGGGGUCCGACCAGGGUGCCCGGGUCACUGCAGCAGCUACGGCUCACUCUGCCAGAACCAAGGUCGCUGUGUGGAGAGAGCCAACGGUUUCUCCUGCGACUGUGGCCAGUCAGCCUACACCGGAUCUUUCUGUCAUCAAGAGGUUUCAGCCAACUUUAAAUCGACAACAUCCAUCGCCUACAACCUCCAGGAGCCCUUUGAAGUGAGCAGGAACAGCAGCACUGGGCCUCCCUCCAUCUACGCUGAUGUGACGGCGAGAGAAGAAAACAUCUCGCUGAGCUUCAGAACCAAUCAGAGUCCUGCUCUGCUGCUCUACAUCAACUCGUUCUACAGGGAAUACCUGGCCCUGCUCAUCAACAAACAAGAUGAGCUGGAACUGAGGUACAAUUUGCAAAGCAGCAGAGAUGUUGAGGUGCUGGGGGGCAGAGUCACAAACUUGGCCGAUGGACGUCUGCACUCAGUGACCAUCAGGAGACUGGCAGAGACUGUCUCUGUUCAGAUUGACCAGAAUCCUAGAGAAGAGUUCAACUUGACAUCUGAUGUGGAACUCAACAGCAUCAAAACGCUGAUUCUGGGCAGAGUGCAGGAGUCUGAUGAGCUGGAUUCCGAGCUGGCAGAGAUGGCCUCUCUUGGGUUCACAGGCUGUCUGUCAGGUGUUCGCUUUAACUCCAUCACUCCUCUAAAAGCUGCUCUGCUGCACCCUGACAGCCAUGUUAUUGUCACUGGACCCUUGGUGCAGUCGAGCUGUGGUUCGUCUUCUCCUGCUAAUCCUUACACAGCGGAAACCACACACUCCUUAACAGAUCAGCCUGGUUCAGUGGAUCCAGGUCAACCUUUAGUCAACGCCAUCAGGAGUGACUCUGCUCUAAUUGGAGGGGUGAUUGCUGUCGUGAUCUUCAUCAGUGUGUCGGCGCUGGCAAUACUGGCCAGAUUCAUGUGCAGCAAGAAGGAGACGUACAGGAACCAGGAUGUCAAAGCGGCUCAGCCUGAAGACGGCCAUGAGAUGCCCUUCAGCAGCCAGGCGGACUCUCAGAGCGCUCCCAGAGAAAACCAAAAGGAGUUUUUUAUUUAGCAGGAGACCCUGAACUCCCACCAACCUGACAGGACAGAACGAGGUGAUUUAUCAGGAGCUCGGUGCUUUAAGAGACACUCGGAGUCCCUCAGCAGAAUGUGAAGUCCAAAAACAGAACACUUUAUGACUUUCUUUUGCCACCUUUCUGCUGUCAUCUUGAGGAUGUUAAUAUCACAAAAUGUAAAUGGUUAUUUGUGUGCUUAUAACAAUGUUUACCUGCCAUAUUGAAAUGUUUAAAUUAAUUUAUUAAAAAGGAAAUAGACGCGAUGAUCAAAACACAACUUUGUUGCAGUUUAACUAGAUUUUUGGACCUCAUGUUAAUUUACUUAAAAAAACUUUUUCUACGAGGACGUCAACCUUCCGGGUGUCAAGAUGUCAGAGCCAUAAGAUGUGCUUUAAAGUGAAGACUGAGGUUUGAUUUCUACCCGUCAGCCAAAGCACUUUCCCAGAAUCAACUGAAAUCCAUUCCUGAUAAGUGAACAUCAUUUUAACACACACUGUAUGUAUUUACACAAAAAUAAAGUCAACCCUAAAACUUC